GGCAGUGGGCCUCCUUCUCCCAGCUGUGGGAGUGAGGGACGGGGGAAGGGAAUAAACGCCAUUGCAAAGUGGGGAUGUGCCGCUGGAGCUGUGCGUUCAGACAGCGGUUUGCUUUAAUAUUAUCAUGGAAUCAUGGGAUCAUUCAGGUUGGAAAAGACCUCUAAGAUCAUCGUGUCCCCCAGCACUGCCAAGGCCACCCCUAUUCCAAGUGCCACAUCUACAUGGCUUUUAAAUCCCUCCAGGGAUGGAGACUCCACCCCUGCCCUGGGCAGCAGCGCCAGGGCUGGACAACCCUUUCAGUGAAGGAUUUUCCCCUAAUAUCCAGUCUAAACCUUCCCUGGCAUAGCUUGAGGCCAUUUCCCCUUCUCCUGUCCCUUGUUCCCUGGGAGCAGAGCCCGAUCCCCCCCGGCUCCCCCCUCCUGUCAGGGGGUUGCAGAGCCAGAAGGUCCCCCCUGAGCCUCCUUUUCUCCAGGCUGAGCCCCCCCAGCUCCCUCAGCCCCUCCUGCUGCUCCAGACCCUUCCCCAGCUCCAUUCCCUUCCCUGGACACGCUCCAGCCCCUCAAUGUCUCUCUUGUCAUGAGUGGCCCAAAAUCAAACAACAAUUUUCUAAGUCCCCUGUGACAAAUCUGAUGAUCAGGCUGUUGUGACCAUUAAAUCUCUGGCCAGGACUGUUGUCAUUUCUUCCUCUGUGGAGCUGCACCAUGUCCAUGCCACAGAAGAGUCCUGGACACCAUCCCAAGGUUGUUGUGCCGGUGAGGGGCUGCUGCCUCCCUCUGCAUCAGUGCUCCUGGCGUGGGAGCUGAGUGAUUUUUCCAGAAAGAAAAAAAGAGUUUUAACGCUCCCUCUGGCAUUGCAAAGCAGACACACAUUGUGGCAAAGGUGCUUGGAUGGCAUUUGACCUGUCAGCUGUAGGAGAUGCCUCAAAAUGGAGAUCCAGGGCCUUGUUUAAGGGUGAUUUACCCCCUGGAGCUGCGGUGAGGGUGAUCCAUGUCCAUGGCUGGUGCUCCAAUCCUGUAGUUUGUAACACAGAUAAUCACCUGCCCUCACACUGGGAAUAACCUGGGGCAGCAGACAAAGGUAUUGGCUUCGGAGAUAGACCCAAAUCUAUACAAUACUGCUUAAUCCUCUUAGGGCCUGUGGGUAUUAAAUGGGAUUGGCUGUCCCCCACCAAGGUGUCCUUCACACCUGACCCUCCCUUGCAUUAGGGCUCUGCUGGCAGAGGAGACCUCCUGAAAAUGGGAUCAUUUUCAUCCACCUCCCUCUGCAACAGCAUCUCCCACCGGGCUGUUAAGUACCAAAGAAGCUUCCAGCACUACACCCAGCCCUUGGAACUCCUGUUCCUCCUGGACACAUCUUUGGAAGGAUUCUGCAUCUUGUGCUGUGCAGUUCCACUCCUGAUGCUCAAGAUCAGCUGGAAGCUCCAAUGGUGGCUGUAAAUUCGAAUUGCUGACCAAGAGAAGUCUCCAGUGGCUGCUGGACACAGCUCUGGAUUCUGAACCUUCAGGAAAUGCAUUUGCCACGGAGGAGGCGGCUACGAAGGAACCGAAUCCUUUUCUUUCUUGCCACGGUGUUGGUCCUCUCUCUCUACCAGCUCCAGUUCAGCCCCUCUGCCAUUCCAGCAUCACACACAGCCCCCCAACCCACAGACCCUGUCAAAGUGACCUCCAGGGACCCCUCCAGCAACAAGACUGCUGGGAAAGGCAAUGCCACAGCACCCAAAAUAAGGCACUGUAUAUAUGUGGAUGCUGAGCCAGCUGUGCCCGUCACUACUCCAGUGGAUACAACCCCACAGCAAGAAAAUGCCAGUGAAAGCCACCCAGACAAAAAACCACCCCACGAGUCCAAAGGAGAAUAUCCCCAGGACCUGUUCAGUGUGGAAGAACGCAGGCAAGGGUGGGUUGUCCUUCACAUCUUUGGCAUGAUGUAUGUGUUUGUGGCCUUGGCCAUAGUGUGUGAUGAGUAUUUUGUCCCCGCUUUGGGAGUGAUCACAGAGAAGCUGCAGAUCUCUGAAGAUGUGGCUGGAGCCACCUUCAUGGCAGCAGGUGGAUCAGCACCAGAACUCUUCACUUCCCUCAUAGGUGUCUUCAUCUCACACAGCAAUGUCGGCAUCGGUACCAUUGUGGGCUCAGCAGUGUUUAAUAUCCUCUUUGUCAUUGGCACCUGUGCCCUCUUCUCCAGGGAGAUACUCCACCUGACAUGGUGGCCCUUAUUUAGAGACAUCUCAUUCUACAUUGUAGACUUACUGAUGCUCAUCCUGUUUUUCCUAGACAGUGUCAUUGAUUGGUGGGAAAGCCUCCUUUUACUGACUGCCUAUGCCACAUACGUAUUCACCAUGAAACACAACGUGUACCUGGAGCAAUGGGUGAAGCAGGAGCUGAACAAGAAGCUCAGUGCUGUGCAGGCAGCAUCAGCAGAGCAUGUGAGAAAGAAAAGCACUGGGGCAGCUGCAGAUGAUGGAACAAAGAAGCCACCAGAUGUGAGGAAACUGCAGCCUGGGCCAGCCCUGCAGCGGGGCAGCAGCUCGGCCUCCCUGCACAACUCCCAGAUGCGCGGCACCAUCUUCCAGCUCAUGAUCCACACCCUGGACCCCCUGGCAGAAGAAAAAUUUAAAGACAGGGUUGACAUCCUGAGCACCAUGGCCAAGGCCAAGGCAGAGACCUUGGAUGGACAAGGCCCACAGCCAGAAGAAGAGGAAAAGAAGGCCCCAAGCACCAUCCAGGUAACUCCUGCCCAUGACUCUGAGCCCAGCAAAGCCACACAGAAGGCAGAUGUACCACAGGAUGGACAGCCCUCAUCAAGCAGUGACAGCUCAGAAGACAGCAGCUCUGAGAGUGAGGAAGACAGUGAUGAGGACAGCACAGAUGAUGAUGAUGAUGAAAACGAUGAGCCCUUAUCUCUGGAAUGGCCAGAAACAAGGAAAAAACAAGCCAUUUACCUUUUCCUCUUUCCCAUUGUCUUUCCUCUCUGGAGCACUCUGCCUGACGUCAGGAACCCUGACUCAAAAAAAUUCUUUGUCAUCACGUUUUUUGGAUCCAUCCUCUGGAUUGCUGUGUUCUCUUACCUCAUGGUGUGGUGGGCUCACCAGGUUGGGGAAACAAUUGGGAUAUCAGAGGAAAUUAUGGGUUUGACCAUCCUGGCAGCAGGAACAUCCAUCCCUGACCUCAUCACCAGUGUCAUCGUGGCACGGAAAGGCUUGGGUGACAUGGCUGUGUCCAGCUCUGUGGGCAGCAACAUCUUUGAUAUCACUGUUGGCUUGCCAGUUCCCUGGUUCCUUUUUUCUGUCUUCAAUGGCCUCAGCCCCGUGGCAGUGAGCAGCAAUGGUUUGUUUUGUGCAAUUGUUCUCCUUUUCCUCAUGCUCCUGUUUGUGAUUAUCUCCAUCGCUGUCUGUAAAUGGAAAAUGAACAAAAUGCUGGGGCUCACCAUGUUUGCUCUUUACUUUGUGUUUCUGAUCAUCAGUGUGAUGUUAGAAGACAAGAUAAUAUCCUGCCCAGUAUCUGUAUGAUGGCUGGACACUUCAAGAUGUGUGUGAGGAUACAGCAGCAUCAAAUGGGGUUUAAGGUAGCUAAUGUUCUACUGAAAAAAAAGGAACCAGAAUUGUAACAAACUUACUGAGAAUAAAAUAUCUUUAACUUGCUAAAAAUAAAUAAAUCUCAAGUGGUAUGUCAGCCUCUGCUAUUUUUCUUUAGGAUCAGAACAGAUACAAUAUCAAACAGCACAUGCUUAUGCACUAAAACUAAGGCCAGGAAUCAAAUACUGCAACAAGAAGUUGAACUGCUGGGGGUUUGUUUUCAUCCUGACACUAAUCCCUGCUAUUUACAGACUAUAGCACCCAGCACUAAUUCCUGUUGUUUGCACUGUUUUCUACACAGAUAUGAUGAAAAAAACGCCACUGACCUCAACAAACCUGGGAGGGUUAUUGUUAACACCUCACGAGAGCAAACAAUGCAGUUAAGAGUUGCAGAUGUUUCUAAUCCAUCUAAUAAAAUGUUAAUGAAAAUAACCAGAAAGAUUUUAAGCUUUUUAUUGACUCACUGUAAAACUUCUUUUUUUUUGGAUGAGACAGAAAAAAAACUUAACAUUGUGAACACUGACUUUGCUUAUUUUAAAGGAACUACAAACCAAAGCAAACAUCCAACAUACUGGUUUUUGGUAAAUAAAAUUUAAACAUUACAUAUUUACAAAUCUACAACCAUUCAUUUAAAAAGUGCUGCUUGCAGACUAACAAAGUACCAUUUUUAAAUCCCAGUGAGAUAAUAUCCAGAAAUACCCCUCUCUAUUAUUACUGUUUGCAUCUCCCAUUUGUUACACAAAGAUUUUGCACGCAGGAAUUUUCUCUUUCUUGGGGUACAAAUCAUUUAAUUUGCCAGUGGAAGUCAAAUUCAUCAGGCUGUAACUGUACCAACAGCAAACCCUCUCAAAUGGGACACGGCAGUGUCAGAGAAACAGCACAAUUCCUAUUCACAUUUCGGUAUUUCAUCUCCAAUAAUUAUUCCAGUGGAACCAUAAGUAAAGCAAAAUAUAUAUUGCACUGCAAAUGUAAAACCUUUGUUUAAGGUUUUGGACAUAAGCAUUAUUUAGUACACAAAAGGAGAAAAUUCAGUUCAUACAAAAUUUUAAAUUGAAAAUAUGUCUCAAAUAUUUUAUUUAUCCAUCUUUGCAGUAUUGGAAAAUAUAGUCAAAUUGCUUUUCUAAUAAAGGACAGUGAGAUUUGAAAACUGUUUCAACACUGAAUUGCAUGGUGCUUAAAAAUUAUCCACCUCGGGACCUACGUUUGGAACGUUAUGACUCGAAUGAGGAAAAUUUCCCAUUUAUAAUAUAUUGUUAUUCCAACUCUAUUUUGAUAUAUUUCUACAGUGGACUGACUCGCAACAGACCUUAUUAAACAAUUCAUUAAGUAUAAUGAUGUCACUUAUGAGCCACUACAUGAUCUAGUAAUUCAAAAGCACACCCCAAUGAACAUCAGCAAUGCUUCAGGAGUGCCACGCUGGGGAUGCAGGAAUAUUGAAGGACUGUUGGGAGGCUGAGGGACAAUCCUGUUCCUGGGGCAGCACCUACUGUCUGGGAACACUGCAGGACUGUGGACACCGGAAUGAAGCGGCAAAAGUGCUGGGUUUCUAAGCCUGAAGGCAGCUGGAAGUACUUACAAGGAAGCUGGGACUGGGAUGGAUCACCUGCACCAACACACCUCGGCAGUGCCGUGUCCAGGGACGGACCGGGCUCGGCGCUUCCGCCACCCCGGGACGGGGUGGGAAGCCUGGUCAUAGCUCAGCCCCUCUGAGCACCACGGCAGCUCCGGAAAAAGCACCUGCUCUCUCUCCUUCAUGGCCCGAAGGUCCCAUGAUACAGUGGCUGCCCCAGUGGUAAAUGGCAUGGGAAGCAGAACUGCAGGGAGCUGGGAACACGGGGAUGAGCUUAAAUACACAGCAACUACUGCAGGCGAGUUUUCCAUGGUAAUGCAGCAUUCCCGCUGCACAGAGCAGAGCAUCCAUGCACACUAAGGGCUACUCACAGGGAAUAUGGUCAGAAAUAGCCUGUUUUUUCACAAUAGCUCAGAAGAACAAAGGGGGUGUGUUUACCAUGUACCUGGGCGAGGAAAGGAGCUCCAUGUCAUGCACGAGGGACACUGUACAAGCGUGGCAGGACAAAGAGCAUCACAAAUGGUUAAAAUAAAUUAAAUGUGAACAACGGUCUGAGGGCAGCAUUGCCAGCUCCACCUCAGGGUGG